CCUCGCCUCACCUCAACUCUACACAUCAUUCGCCAGUCCUGUCAUUCAUACUGCCAAUUCCAGCAUAGCAUCUCCUCAUCUUUGCAUCUGCUCCAUCUCUUUACCUUGCCCAGCCAGACAGACCUUGGUCGGUCAAAUAUUGACAUAGCACUUGCAGCCCAUCAGCCUCAACUCCACCCCUCCUACCCUUGCCCAUCCCCUUCCGUCCUCCCUCUCAAUUCUGCAACAUGUCAGCUGGAACACCCAUUGUCAUGCCUUCGCUCAAUGCCCCGCUCCAAGGCGGCCUGAGAGUUCACAGCGUUCUGAGCGGAGACACGAUCGUGGUUCGCCCAACGCAGAUGACUGCCUCCCAGGCCGGAAGCAAAGAGGGUGAAGGUGGACUCAAGAUCCUCCAUGUUGCCGGUCUAGCUGCUCCUCGUAUGGGCUCCAGGGAAAGGGAUGACGAGCCUCAAGCCUUCCCAUCGAGAGAAUUUCUCCGUCUACUCCUCGUUGGUAGAGAGAUUCGGUAUCGCGUUGCGUACCAAGCUCUAGGCAGAACAUUCGCCCACAUCUAUCUUCCUCCCAAGGCAGCUGGUCAGCCAGACACGAAUGUCUCCCACGAGAUUCUGGGCGCUGGCUGGGCUAAAGUUCACGACUCUGGCUCAAGGCGCAAUGCGAACGCAGUGCCUGAGGAGGAAGGCGAAGGUGGCUGGAAGGCAAACCAACGAGCUGUCCAGGACGAAGCUCAGGCCGCUCAGCGUGGAAUUUGGGGCCCCGACGAGCUCCUGGCGGUAUCGUACAACAUGCCAGAGAACUCCCACGCCUUCCUGAUCGAAUACAAGGGCAAGCCAGUCGAUGCCAUUGUUGAGCAGGUGCGGGACGGAUCGCUCCUACGAGUCAGGCUUCUACUCUCAUCCAAUCGUCACCAGCUCAUCAACCUUCAUCUUGCGGGCAUUAAGACUCCCCGUGUGUCUGGUGGAGGCGGUCCCAACAGUGUCGACACUGGCGGAGAAGCCUUUGGAGAAGAAAGCAAGUUCUUUGUAGAAACUCGACUCCUGAACCGUAACAUUACAGUCACCCUCCUAGCAAUCCCGCAGCCUCUAGCCACGCCGACACCUUUCUCAGCAACAGCAGCAUCUGCCUCUUCCUCGUCUGCUACAAAUACGUCCUCUGGUGGAGGCACGGCCUCAGUCUUAAUCGGAACGGCGAUGCAUGCCAAUGGAGAUAUCGCAGCCUUCCUGCUAUCUGCAGGUCUCGCACGCAUUGUGGACUGGCACACCGGCAUGCUUUCAUCAGUGGGAGGCAUGGAGAAGUACCGUGCGGCUGAGCGUAUCGCACGUGAGAAGCGCUUGAACAUCUGGAAAGACUUUGUGGCCACUGCGAUCACUUCGCAGAUGUCCGUCCCCGCUGCGGCCCGUACGUACGAAGCUGUGGUGACGAGGAUCAUUUCAGGGGACACGAUCCAUGUCAAGCGCGAAGGUGAAGCGGAGCAGCGCAUUCAGCUGUCAUCCAUCCGACAGCCGCCCAAGGACCAGGUAGGAUGGUCGUACGAGGCUCGCGAAUGGCUAAGGAAGCGUCUGAUUGGCAAGCCAAUCCAGGUGCAGAUUGAUUACAUCAAGCCAGCGGAAGCUGGCUUUGAUGAGCGUACUUAUGCUACUAUCCGCACGAUGACCGGAGCAAAGGAGACCAAGGGCGCCAAUGUAGGAGAGCUCCUCAUCAGCAAAGGCUUCGCCUCGGUCGUCCGUCAUCGCCGUGAUGAUGAGGACCGUUCGCCCUUCUUCGAUGACCUCUUGGCUGCUGAGGCUGCUGCUGCAACCGAAGGCAAGGGUCUUCACUCUGGCAAGCAAGCCACGGCGCCCAACUUUGUCGAGGCCUCUGAGAACGCCGGUCGGGCGCACUCGUACCUUCCUGGUCUUAAGCGAGCCGGAAAGUGCCCUGCCAUCAUCGACUUUGUGGCUGCUGGCUCGCGUUUCAAGGUGCUGGUGCCUCGGGAGAACGCUCGCCUGACCCUUGUUCUUGCGGGAAUCAAGGCUCCCAAGACCGCCCGCAAUCCAAAGGACAAGGACGAGCCUUUCGGUAAAGAGGCUCAGGAAUUUGCCGUCGCUCACGUUCUGCAACGUGAUGUCGACAUCGAGAUUUACUCUCUCGACAAAGUGGGAGGCUUCAUCGGCUCCAUCUACUUGAACACAGCAAACGGCAAGCAAGACUUUGCCCAGAUGCUAGUAGAGAACGGUCUGGCCAGUGUCCAUGGGUACAGUGUCGAUUCCACGCCAUCUGGCCCCAAGUUGGCUGCAGCAGAGAAGCAGGCCCAGGCCAGCCGAGUCGGAAUCUGGCACGAUUACAAGGAGGAGGCCGAGGAGCAGGACGCCAGUGCUUCGAAUGGACCCGUCACUGGCAACGGUGUCGAAAGUCGCAAUGGCAACGCACCGUCUUCGGCAGGGCCUGCUGUGGCUAGCGGCGGAGCAUGGGGAGCUGCCAAGCCUGUAUCGGCCGCCCAACCAGCUCCGCCUCGCAGCGACUACCGGGACAUUGUCAUCAGUGAUGUGCGAGGCGAUGGUUCGGCUGAAAAGCCAUUCGGCUUCAGCGUUCAAACGCUGGGCGACAAGAUCAAGGACCUCGAGAAGCUGAUGGCCGAAUUGGCGUCAACUUACCGCUCCGCCGCACCAGCACCUUCCUCAUUCCGACCUCAAGGAGACGUGGCUGCCAAGUUCGAAGACGGAGAGUGGUACCGUGCUUCGGUGAUCAAGUCCAGCUCCAUUGCAAAAAGGGCUACUGUGUCAUUCUACGACUACGGUAAUGUGCUCGAGGAUGUGCCCUUCUCUGACAUCCGACCCCUGGAUUCCACCAAGUUCGGCAGGACACGUCUACCUCCGCAAGCCUCUGAAGCUCGUCUGAGCUUUGUGCGUCUGUUUUCUGCGCCUGCCGCCGCGGGCAAAGGAGCGAGCAGCGUCAACGAGUACGCCUGGGAAGCUCAAGAGCGCUUCAGGGACUACCUGGGUCAGAAGCUCAUUGCCAACGUCGACUUCAAGGAAGGAAGCGCGAGCAAUCCUCUGCUGCAUCUGACUCUGUACGACCCUUCCAGUGCAGGUGCAGCGAGCGGACCCGCUGGCUCGAUCAAUGCCACAAUUGUCAAGGAAGGAUGGGCAUUGGUGGACGAAAAGACGGCUUACUUCCGAAGUCACCCGCAGAUGGCCCAGAAGCUGGCCGAGAACAAUGCAGAGGCAAGAAGGAAGCACUUGGGCAUCUACGAGUACGGAGACCCAGAGUCGAGCUAAAAGGUCAAGGUUAGAGGAGUUGGAAAAGGGCAACUCUGGUUGGGAGGCAGAACGUAAGCUAUGCUAUCUCAUCUUGUGCGGAACACGCUUCUAUCAUUAUUGAAACCAUGUGCAUCUCAAAAUUCUAUCAAAGCAUCUACAUUGA